CAGUUACCGGAAGCCAGUGAAGGGAGCGGAGGAGCGGUUUGAGGGAGUUUGACGUUGAUCACCUCACAAAUGUAAUAGCUCCCUCCUUGGCCCAUGCUGUCCUCUUUUACCAAUCUUCAUGAAAUCGUGGUCAGCAGUUUUUCCGUAAUCCUGCUUACAACCAGAAAGUCAGAAAGAGUCAAUUGCGUUAAAAUGAGGUUCAUCCAUAGUUCAUUUGGCAGGUGUUCUUGUGCCUAAGUGGAUGCUUGUGUUCCCAAUCCAGCCUUCGACAUCAAACUCCCUCAAACCAAAGUCAGUGUGGGUGGAGUGUGGAGGGGACCCUGGCUUCCUGGCAAACUGCUUCGAGCAUGAGAAGAGUCCUUCGGUUCUCCGGAGGUCAUCGAAGAGAGAAAAUAAUAAGGAAGAGGAUGACGAAGAGGAGGAAACCACAGCACUGUCACUGGUGUCAACUGAUACAAAGCCAAAGGAGGAGUCAGACAGCCUGGAGACGGACACACCUCGCUUCACCCUGCAGGAGCUGCGGGACGUCCUGCAGGAGAAGAAUCAACUCAAGGCCCAAGUGUUCAUACUGCAGGAAGAGCUGGCUUAUUGUAAAAGUGAGGAGUUCGAGGAUGACGUCAGCUCCAUUGAGUGUCCUCCAUCUCCUCCACCGUGGUCCACUUCAACUGAUCAGGUGGAAUCAGGAAUUAGACGCUUCAUAGUAUCCUACAGAUGUUAUCAGAGAGACAUAACAAGUGAAAGGAAGUUGGAUUGGACAGUGUAAUUUGCAAAAACAACAUUCAAAGUUGGUCUCUCCUCCACCGCUUGACAUCACCAGCGUUCCCAAGCCACAGUUAAAGUUAAGCUGCUUGACAACCGAUGGAAGCAAACCCCAGAUUCAAUUUCUGUGGCAUUCUCUUGCAUGUCUUGUAUGCCCAGAAAUGUCCCAAACAGAGCAAAAUAAAAAAAUGAAAAUGCAGGAAAACAACCACACAUUGGCAUAAUUGAAAUGGAUUAUUUUUAUAAUAACCUAUACACUGCUUUGAAGAGAGAUUAUACUGAUUCUGCCUUUUUUCUGACUUCCAACUGAUCGAGCGGGUCACAAAUGUAUAAUAAUGCGAAAUAAUAGUCAAUAUAAGAUAUAAUAAUGUCCACAAUA